AAGUUAACUUUCAAAAAAGAGUUCUUAAAUAUUCUUAGCCUAAGCAGAAGACGUUUCAGAUGAGGUUACUUCAAAAAACCUUUUAUAUUUUUCCCUUGAAAAUAAUGGACCCUUAAAUAAAAACUUUUGUGCAUUCCAGCAGCUGACUUCAGAAAUAACCGCCAUAAAAACCUAUUUGAUGGCCUUGCUGUCUCAAGCUUAAUUGUUCAUACACUGCGCCUUUCAGGUUCCUUAUUUUCCCCUUGAAAAUAAUCCUAGUUGGCCUGAGAAAAAAAGAAAAAAACAAUCGACCGCAUGGUCAAAAAACCACGAAAAAGAAGUAGUUAAUCGAAGGAGGAAAACCAAAAGCCAAGAAAUGGUCAGCAGACGUUGCAGUUUCGGUUGGCUUCGCGGUCGCCGUUUGCAUCGCAGCCAGGAGGUGCAGCCUCUGUUUCCCCACCAGAUCAUGACUGGCCAAACUUUGGACUUGGCUUAAACAUUUCAAUUUCUUCAUGGCUACAUGCUGCUGCCGCUCUUUGCCAACUGCUCAGCCAGCUUUGCCGACUUAGCCGACUGCUCGGUCGACUGAGGCAGCAGCUGAAGCAGCUGAAGCAGCUGCGGCGACUGAGGCGAAUGUAGCAGCAGCGGUCUUGAUCGUCGUCUUGAAUUUUACUUAAUUUUUAUUUCACGCGCUGCGCCGCUAUAAAAGAAACUGCAACAAUCGUUGUGGCAUGCAGUAAGAGGUUCCGCGUCGAAGCAGCACCACAUCUCCAGAGUAACCAGUAACCAACAGCCAGUAGCACCUAGCAACCUAGCCACCUGGAGAAGUGACAAAACCCGAAACGGAUAUAGCCGAAAUAAGCCGCCCGAAAAUGCAGUCCACUUGUGUGUUAGUGGUCCUCCUGGCCCUGGCUGCCCUGGUGGCCGCUCGUCCAGAGCCGCCUCGUGACUCGUACAGUGCACCCCCCUCCAGCAGCUACCAGCCCAGUGGACCCAGCGGAGGCUAUGGCGCCCCUGCGCCCCAGUACGGACCCCCCCAGCAGGCGCCAGUGGUCCACAAGCACGUCUACGUCCAUGUUCCCCCACCAGAGCCGGAAUACCAGGCACCCAGGAAACCCCUGUACGUGCCACCUCCGCAGAAGCACUACAAGAUCGUGUUCAUUAAGGCGCCAUCUCCACCUGCCCCAACCGCCCCUGUAAUCCCGCAGUUCCCACAGAACGAGGAGAAGACCCUGGUGUACGUGCUAGUCAAGAAGCCGGAGGAGCAGCCGGAGAUCAUCAUCCCAACGCCAGCUCCCACCCAGCCCAGCAAGCCGGAGGUGUACUUCAUCCGCUACAAGACCCAGAAGGAGGAGACCGGACCCUAUCCCAACAGUGUGGCGCCUCCAGCGCCCGAGUACGGAGCUCCAGCUGCCCCGCCCGCACCCUCUGCUCCCAGCAGCUCGUAUGGGGCACCAUCCCACUAGACGAUCCAGUCCAAUCCGAAUUCCGAUUUGCUUAUCUCAACCCAACUCAUGGCAAACUGCAUAUCUUAUGUGUACUGUAUUAUUUUCUGUUUCAACGACCUUAACGUGUGACAAAGUUUACCAAGCAACGAAUAUCCCCCAUCCCCCCAGCUCAUAUGGGUAUUACUCCUAUAGAUGAGUAAUUCUUACCUCUGAAGUUGUUUCUACCUGAUGUACGAGAAGUAUGUUUUCCAUCUAGGCUGUUUGUUUCAAAUUGUUUGUUUAGUCUUAAGUUUAGGUCUUUAAGCGAACGAUGCGUUAUACACUCACACAAAACACUCGAUACACUCACUGCGAGCUAGCCUUAGUUAUCGAUAGAGAUAUCGAUCCUGAUACCGAUUAACGAUAUAUACAACGUGGUAAAUGAUUUUCAUCACAAACGCAUUUUCAAGUAGGCAAUUUAUACCAAUUUCAUAUUGCACAUUUCGCACACUAUUUGUCAUUAAAUAGAAUGUGCGAAACACUCGAAAGGCAACACAAAAAUGAAGAUUAAAUUAAUACUCAAGUAUAUAAUGUUAAAUAAAAACACAAAACAUCAACGGCUAAAUAAAAGUUUAACAAAUUAUCUGUACAAAAUGGA